AUGGUCUCUAGGUCUACUGAAGUGGCCGACACGCACCCGCUACCUUCAUCUCAUACCCCCAAUACACCCUCGAAGUCGAGAAUGGCACGGCUUGGUUCGAGUCCCUCCAAGCGGGACGAUAAGGAUAACAACAAGAUGAUCAAGUCAUCGGCAAAGGAUGUUUCGGAAUUGAAAGACUACCAACUAGGAGAUUGUUUGGGCAAAGGUGCCUUCGGGUCAGUCUACAGAGCUUUGAACUGGAACACGGGGGAGACCGUUGCCGUCAAGCAGAUUAAAUUGACCGAUCUGCCUAAGACUGAAUUGCGGGUUAUAAUGCUGGAGAUCGACUUGCUCAAGAACCUGGAUCACCCUAAUAUCGUGAAGUACCAUGGUUUCGUCAAGUCGCCCGAAACUCUAAACAUCAUUCUCGAAUACUGUGAAAAUGGCUCACUUCAUUCGAUUGCGAAAAACUUCGGCCGCUUUCCAGAAAACCUGGUCGGGCUGUACAUGUCUCAAGUUCUCCACGGCCUUCUGUACCUGCAUGAACAAGGUGUCAUCCACCGAGACAUCAAAGGUGCCAACAUUCUUACCACCAAGGAAGGACUAGUGAAGCUGGCCGACUUUGGUGUAGCGAGUCGGACGACUGGUCUCAGCGAAUCGAGCGUGGUUGGUACUCCAUACUGGAUGGCCCCCGAAGUUAUUGAACUCUCCGGGGCGACCACGGCCUCUGAUAUCUGGAGUUUGGGCUGUACAGUGAUCGAGCUUCUUGAGGGCAAGCCUCCGUAUUACAACCUGCAACCCAUGCCGGCUCUGUUUCGAAUCGUUAAUGACGACCAUCCUCCCCUGCCGCAGGGUGCCUCUCCAGCUGUGAAAGACUUCUUGAUGCAAUGUUUUCAAAAAGAUCCCAAUCUUCGAGUGUCUGCGAGAAAACUGCUCAAGCAUCCUUGGAUCGUGAAUGCCCGACGCUCAGACUCCAUCGUUCCCAAAAAAUCAACAGAAUACGAGGAAGCGGUCCGAAGCGUGCAAGAAUGGAACGAAGCCCUGCGGUCCCCUGGCGCUGGGGACUUGAAAAAACCGGGUAAGCCCGAUCAUACUAAUCGGGAACUGCCAUCGUCAAGGAACAGCCCCGAAAAAGACAUGUUGUCCACCGCAGUCUCAAAGAAUGCCGCGAGCCGACACAGAUCACCCGAGUCUCCAACCGACGACAACUGGGACGAUGACUUUGCAACUGCGAUUUCUCCCAGCGCUUUGCAGCUGCCCCAUCUUCGGCCACACGAUAACUUUGGCGGCAUGCUCUCGUCGGAAAAGCUAAAGGCUUUCGCUUCUCUUGAUGGCACAGUGUUGAAGUUCGAUGAUAGCUUCGGAUCAUUUGAGGACUCUUCAAAAGGCUCGCAGUUACCUUAUGAAUCAGACCCUCUACAGACCAUCAGACCGUUCCCACCCAGGCAGCCCGCAGGAGAAGAGCUGCAGCUCAGGGGUUCCCCUCGUAACCGUCCCAGCAAGACUUCACUAUCCGCCCUGCAAAAUGUGCCAAUACUCAGCCCGAACCCUACGCCGCCACCCCGGCAUAAACGCCCAGCUGCGUUCUACAAGGAGAACUCAGUCGAAGACUACUCUGAUCUUAUCGUAGACAAUGAAUCCAUCUUAGAAAGAAAAUUUGGUGCUUUCAAUGAUUUGAUCGAUAUAGAUAAGCAGCUCACUGUUGUUCACUCCCCAUCAAUGAUUGUGGCUACACAAACAGUACCCGACGAGGUUAUUCUCGACGACACCCAACCCCAACUGAGAAGACAGUUAUCUACUAGACGCCACCGAUCUGCGAUUGAGAUCCAGAGAUUUGCAGAGAACGAAAGUGACGAGGACUUCUCUGACAUUCUAGGCUCCGACCAAGUUGCUUUGGAGAAAACCGAUCAAGAGACGGUCCCUGAUCGAAGCGCCCUACUACUCAACUCCAAACUAUCCAAUAAUUCCUGGCUCGGAGAUCAGGAUGACGACGACGAUCCAUUUGCCCAGCUUGAGGAGGGCUUUGAUGAAAUGGACUUGCAAGCCAACAUCGCCCGCGACAAAUACGCCCGGCUUCGAAACCAAGUGGAGGGCUUGGUGGGCUCUCUCAAGACCUCGCAGGAUGACGACGUACUUGCAGACAUAUCGGAACAGCUCCUUAACAUCUUUUACGAUCUGCCAGAGACCAAGAACAUCAUCAUCAGUGCUCACGGGAUGUUGCCUAUCCUCGAAAUCUUGGAUAUUUGCCGUCGACGCGAUGUCAUCACCAAUUUAUUGAAGAUUGUCAAUGCGAUCAUAUACGAUGAUUACGAGAUUCAGGAAAAUCUGUGUUUUGUCGGAGGCAUUCCUAUCAUCAAUGAGUUCGCCGCGAAGAAAUAUCCUAGGGAGAUCCGCCUCGAAGCUGCUGCUUUUGUACAGCAGAUGUACCAAACAUCUACCUUGACUCUCCAGAUGUUUGUUAGCGCUGGUGGUCUGAACGUUCUGGUCGAAUUCCUCGAGGAUGACUUUGAAGAAGAACGUGACCUGGUGCUGAUUGGGGUGACUGGGAUUUGGAGUGUAUUUGAGCUUCAAGGUUCAACGCCUAAAAAUGAUUUCUGUCGGAUAUUAUCCCGGAACUCCGUCUUAGAUCCUCUCUCUCUCGUCUUGAGUCGGGUUCUGGAUGAAGAAGGGGAGUUUGCCGAGGUUGUUGAAGGCCGAAUCGCGAAUAUCUUCUUUAUAUUCUCACAAGCAGAAAAUCAUGUGAAGGAGAUGGUUGCAGAAAGGACAGUUUUGCACCGGGUGCUCAAGGAGUUGAAGCGCAUGACUCCAGUUCACCAGAUCACCAUGUUGAAAUUCAUCAAAAACCUAUCUAUGCUGUCAACCACUCUUGAUUCGCUUCAAAAUUCCAACGCCAUCGACGUGCUUACCGAGCUUCUGAGAUCGACCAUCAGACGUCCCCAUUUCCGGGAGGUUUCCAAUCAAAUCCUGAAUACCAUCUACAACAUGUGCCGUCUCAACAAAACACGACAAGAGGAUGCCGCGUUGAAUGGAAUCGUACCCCUCCUCCAGAAGAUAGUGCAGACCGAGCGACCCCUUAAGGAGUUCGCCCUACCGAUUCUCUGCGACAUGGCACAUUCGGGCAAGGUCGGUCGUCGAGAGCUCUGGCGCAACAAGGGCUUGUCCUUCUACAUUUCUUUGCUAUCGGAUCCAUACUGGCAGGUUACUGCUUUGGAUGCCAUCUUUGCCUGGCUCCAAGAAGAAACGGCCAAGGUCGAAGAACAUCUAUUGGAAAAUCGUCAAGAUAAACUGUCUUUUACCGAUGCAAUUGUCAGAUGCUUAACUGUGUCCAAAGCGAAUGCAUUUGAGAAUCUUCUGGAGCCGCUACAGAAGCUUCUCCGGCUCAGUCCUCCAGUUGCGUCGACACUUGCUCGACCGGAUCUCUUUACCCGGAUCGGACAGAAGGUACACCAUAAUAAAGCUGCUGUUCGGCUCAAUCUACUCCGAAUCCUAUCCACAAUCUGCGAUUCGACUGAAGAGCAGGGCGGUCUUCUUGUUCGAUACGGCCUACUGGACGCGAUCAGGGAGCUCGAGAAUGACCCUGCCAUUCUCGUCAGAGACAUGGCGGGUAAAUUGAUCACAUCCAGCGAGAGAAGUGAAGCGCUCAGCGCCGGUAAGCGCCGGCCUCCCACGAGGCGUCCGAGUACCUCGACUACCACGCCACCCAGUCUUCUAUCCAGUCAAUCCACACCGUCUACUCCGCAGAUCAAUCGUUCGAGUCAGUCGAAGGGGUAUUUCGAAGGGCGAGAAACGCCACGUCACGCGCGAAAUGGCCUGAAUAACUCUUCUUUGGCACUUCGGCCGGCCAGCCGAGAUGGCAGCGGCUCCGGCCUUGCCACAGGCCUCAAUGCAAACUCGGCGGUGCCGCGAACCAGAAUGUCUCGAGGCAUGUCUAACAACAGGCUGUCUCAUAUCGAAUUGUUAUCCGAAGAGGACGGCAGAACCCUCAGCUCAUCCACCCGUCGACCAUCAAUCGUUCCGCCCCGACGCAGGCGUCCUACCCUGGUGGAUACCGAAUGGCCGGCAUAGUCUGAGAGAACUCCCCCGUCUAGCCAAACCAAGCAUCUUCUUCUUCUUCUUCUUCUUUGUUCAUCUUGUCACUGGAGCUGGCUCUUUGGUCUCAAAAAAUCAUCAAGGGAAUACGGACCCGAUAGUCUUUUGCCAAGCUCGUCGCAUAGUCAAGGCGCAUUGGGCUGGGUAUGAGUGUUAGUUACUGCCUCUUGUCUUGUGUAUUCCAAAAUAGGUACUGUUUUUUGUUGUCUUGAGUUUCGCGAGGACUUUUGCCUGCUCUUGUUGGCCAUUCCCUGUGUAUUUCCCCUCCCUCCAAAAUAGGUAUCU